CCCCCCUCUUCAUGUACUGUCCCCCGCCCCUGUGUAGAGCACACAUUUACACAUGCAUGCUUGCACACACACACAUUCUGGCACGCACAUCCUUCUGCACACACACAUUGCACCGGGCUGCAAGACAGGCAAGAUCAAGCGGAGAUGGCAGCUGGGGGUAACCUGAAAAUGCUUCGUUUGGGGAAGAGAGGAUGGGAAGAGGGCAUCUACCCUGACAUGCAGGUAAGUAAUAUCAAUACGAAGAAUGUUACGUUGUCUGGAUAAUUCCACUCCGUGUGCAGAUAUUCCACUGAUAAAAUCCAUCCUAGACAGGUAGGUACACAGGUAGGUAAAUGCCUAACUAUACCGGGGAAUUAUAGACUGCAGUCCAAAAAUGUUUGGGCUGGAAAUGAAAACUGGUGCCUGGAUACAUAAAGUUAUUUUAUAAUAUCCACCCUCCUCCAUCACAAUAAUUGUAAAGAGAGUCAGGUCCUUAAUGUUUCAUUAUAGAGGAGAAACAAAAAACUUAAACGGCACAAUAUAUUGUCAUACAACAUUAAUCAAUAAAAAUAUUCAGAAUUAUAGCUGGUUUUAGCAAUGUUGUAGAAGCAGCUCAUAUUCUUAAGCCAUGUAUUCUUAGCUAUAAGCUCAUGAUAUAGUGUGGCAGAUUAUGUUUUCUGUUCCGUUAUCCCCUUUGGUACGUUGCAAGUUCCGUUAAAGUGCAAAUCAAUAUUAGGUUUGUGUUUCUUUUGCCUGGUUGAUAUGAUAAAACACGGACGGGCAUUCCCAAAAGGUGUGCCAGGGGCAUCUUGAAACGUGAAUGCCAGCGUAGGUGGAGGUUCUGAAACAAAGAGACUGCGAUAAGCUGCCAUUGGAUAAAGUAGGUCAGGGCUAGGGCAACUAAGGACAUGAGUGAGGGGAAUUGCUAUGGCAGAAGCGAAGCGUUAUGUAACUUACAGAGCUGUCAGCUGCGGGCAGGAGAAUCGGAAAACGAGUAGUUAUUCCAAGGUCGAUAUCUGCCGGAAAAGGUAAAUUUACUAUUUAGGAUAAAGGCAUAUAUAAAGGGUAUUAUAAGAAAUAAAACGAGUUUUGGUUAAAAAAAAUCUAAAAAAAAAUCCUUCUUGACCUCAGAAUGGAAGUCAGAUAUCUCCUUGGAUCAAGAAGCUAUUACCCCACUAAUUAAAACUGAUAUCCCUGAAUAUUAUUAAUAAAUAUUCCUUUGACUGGAAUCGUAGGUAACCCGUGCUGCAAUACAUUAAUAGAACAAUGUGAUGUAUGAGCAUUUUAAUGAUUUGAGUGGAACACUGGGUCUAAAUGUAUAACACUGCUGUUGUGUUUUACUGGUUGAGGUGGCAAUGACCAUAGUUCGACUGGGUGUAUAAUCAACAGACACGUCAAGCAGCUCACGGGCUAAAUACUAUUCUAUAAUCUGUAAUAAUUUCUACUUUGCUCCAAUGUUUCCAGUCUGUUACUGUCACCAUUUCUGUGUUUGUACUAAUCGUUGUGUAGGACUCUUUGUGUAGGAAUGCCUUAUUAUCUGACAAAGUGUGUUGUGGAAUGAUCAUCUAUUACAGGUGUAGGCAACCUUUGGCACUCCAGAUGUUUUGGACUACACCUCCCAUGAUGCUUUGUCAGCAUUAUGGAUGUAAAAUCAUUAUGGGGUAUCUAGUCCACAAUAUCUGGAGUGCUGAAGGUUGCCUAUCCCUGAUUAUUAUAUGCUAUUUAUUUUUGUGUCUGCAAUGUUCGGAUUUAACAGUUAUGUAACGUUAUCAAAAUAAAGUUGAUUGAAAACAGAUCUUUUUAAUUUCCAUCAUAAAAUGAAAGAUCCAUGAAGAUAAGACGUAGUAAGUGUGCUGUCACAAAUCCUGGUGCUGUGUGCAAUUGAGCAGCUCAAAAAGUAACAUAGUCCCGAGUCGACAUUCAAACUGUGCACUGUCUUUGCUCAGAUAAGUGAUGUUUCCAAUCAAAGAGUGCUUCAUAAUGCCUGCCCCAUAGAACAAACGUAAACUAAGAUGCAAAUUAAAAAGAGACACUUUUAUCUACGCAUUACAAAAUAAUUCUCACAAAGGCUAUGUGUAAUCUGUUAUUUCCAAAAUUAGCUAUUAGAGUAUUGAAUUACGAAAAUACUUGUGACUGCAACUAAGUCCGAGAACUUUUUCAGAUUGACUAAAGUUUGGAGUUAGGAUUUCAAUUCAGUGCAAUUUACUUUUUAGCUAAUAUUAAUGUUGAGAAUUCAGGGAGAGAGGUCCAAGUGGAUUUCAAAAUAACCAAACUAUUAAGAUUACUGGUUUAUCCAAUUUCUCCAGUUUGUCUGUUGUGGAUUGUAAUUUCUAGGGAAAUUACAAUUUAAUGAACAUAUUGUCAUGGUUUUUACUAAAGUGAUAAUCGCUGGGAAUUCAACGUAUAUUCCAAGUGAAUUUCAAAACUAAGGCCACGAUAGCCGAUUUAGAGAAACUCUCCAGGUCAGUUCUGUUUUUGUUAUAGCUAUUUUAGCCUUAAAGGAACACUAUAGUCACCUAAACAACUUUAGUUUAAUGAAGUAGUUUUAUUGUAUAGAUCAUUCCUCUCAGGUUUUACUGCUUAAUUCACUGCCAUUUAGGAGUUAAAUCACUUUGUUUCUGUUUAUGCAGCUCUUGUCACACCUACCCUGAAUCUGAUUGACACAGCCUGCAUGAAAAAAAACUGGUUUCACUAUCAAUCAGAUGUAAUUUACCUUAAACAAUUGUAUCUAUUUAUCUGUAAAUUGAACUUUAAUCACAUACAGGAGGCUCUUGCAGGGUCUAGCAAGCUAUUAACAUAGUAGGGGAUAAGAAAAUCUAAAUUAAACAGAACAUGCAAUAAAGGAAGGAUAAACUUUAAAUGACUCUACAGGAAGUGUUUAGGAAGGCUGUGCAAGUCACAUGCAGGGAGGUGUGACUAGGGUUCAUAAACAAAGUGAUUUAACUCCUAAAUGGCAGAGAGUGCCAGAGUGACAGUGAGAUUGCGGGAACAUAAUCUAUACACCAAAACUGCUUCAUUGCAGGGACACUAUAGUCACCCAGACCACUUCAGCUCAAUGAAGUGGUCUGGGUGCCAGUUCCCUCAGGUUUUAACCCUUCACAUGUAAACAUAGCAGUUUCAGAGAAACUGCUAUGUUUACAUAGCAGGGUUAAUCCAACCUCUAGUGGCUGUCUUUCUGACAGCCGCUAGAGGCGCAUUUGCGACUCUGGAUGCGAAAUUAGCAUUCAGCGUGCAGAACGUCCAUAGGAAAGCAUUGAGAAAUGCUUUCCUAUGGACUGUUUAAAUGGGCGCACGGCACUUGCUGCGCAUGCGCAUUCUGCUCCACUUGGGAGCUGACGUCGGCGGGGUAGGAGAGGUCACCAGCGCCGAGGGAGCCCGGCGCUGGAGAAAGGUAUGUGGCUGAAGGGGUUUUAACCCCUUCAGCGCCAAGGGAGGGGGACCCUGAGGGAGGGGGCACCCUUAGGGCACUAUAGUGUCAGAAAACGGGUUUGGUUUCCUGACACUAUAGUGAUCCUUUAAGCUAAAGUUGUUUUGGUGACUAUGCUGUCCCUUUAAAUUCGAUAUUUAGAAACAAUUUGAUUUCACUUCAAAUUUUCCAGCUGAAUUCCGUCACUCUAGUAAAUAUCCCUCCAACAGCUGAGACUAGUUGCCGUACACCUGUUUAAAGACUAAACAAAAUGAUGCACAAGUUGGGAAAAAUUCGCUAGACUCCAAAUGAUAGAGCAUGGGGAAACUAAUUGCUAAAAGUUGGACUAAAAUGCAUGGGUGUAUUUUGGGUAGACUUAGAGAAGAUUGCCAGUAUUUAAAUUUCGCAUUUCGUUGUUCAAGUCUUUACAGAAAGUUUUGUGGAUAAACUUGGUAGUGAUUUUAAUUUCAUCAACAUAUUAGGGUGACAGGGUCUACUCAAAGAGAGUUUUUUUUAAAAGGGUUCUAUAAAACGUGAUGAUUAUGUUCUAUUCUUAGAGAAAUUAUGAAAGAUUGCCAGUAAUUUAAAGGAACAGUCUUAGCACCACAAUCACUAUAGCAACAUAGUCGUUAUGGUACCAGGAGUCCCCUGGCAUCAUCUCAAGGCAAGCUGUCAAACUAUUUACUAAUGGAAUAAUACCUGGAUUUGUCAAGCAUCACAAGUUCUCCUGACUUACACAGCCCAAUUCAUAAUUCUGAAUUCAUGCCAACGUUUGGCCAUUAGGCAUUGGUUGAGAGCAUCAACUGACACGUCACACGCUCAGCUAAUGUAUAAAGUCAAAGUUGGUAUGCUAAUACCAAUGUUUUGUAGUGGUUAUGGUGCUUAGAGUAUCCCUUUACUCUGGUACCUUUUUAAAACACCACAAGCCACACGUGGCAAGGCAAAACUGAAGACGUUUUGUUAACAGCCAGAUUAAAAGCUUGUAGCAUUUUAUUAUGUUUUUAAACCAGUGCAGAUUCUAGGGAAACUUUACAUAUGAUUUAGAUUUAAUUUUUUCAAUCCACUUAUUUCUGAAGCAAAGUACGAAAUAUUAUUGAGCCAAAUCCUUGUGGGUGCUUGUCCAUGACUUUUGCGUCAAAAUUGCAUCAGUUUUGCUAGCUGUGGCAUUGUAGUACUGCUAUGCAUUGUGGGACAUGGUUCUUAGCACUUGCUGAGUAUAUUGGGCAAUAUUGGACUAUUGACAUACUUGGUGGCUAGUGGCAUAGUUGUGAGUUUUUUACGCAAAUAGUGAAGUCAAUGUAGGCUGCAUAGUGCAUGGCAGUGAGAAUGUACAUGUGGCUGGCUGUUCUAUGCGGAGUUUUCUGGCAAACGUAGCUGUCCAUAGUAAGGGUUUAGUUAUGCAAUGUAUACUAUGGGUUUGGAAGUGCGGCUGCUCAUGGGUGGGACACUGUGCAAUCAUUGUAGGAGUGGCACCAGUCAGCUGGGAGCGUGUUUGGUGACUCUGUCAUACCACGGCUCUUUGUAAACCAAAUGAACCAAAAUAGUAAAUCUGGUAUGGUGGUUAACUGCUCCAUAUUUAGGAACAUGUCCCAUAAAAUGCUUAAAAUGUAACAUUUUUACUUCAUUCUAAGAAUCUAUUACUUUUUAUUCUCUUUUACUGUUUUGUGCCUGUGUGUGGACGUGUACUCUAUUCUGUGCUGUAAGAAGUGACUAAUGUACAGCGCUACAGAAUGUGAUGGCGCUAUAUAAAUAAUAAAAUAAUAAUAAGGAAAUCCAAAUAAAUCAUACAUCCUUUUUUUUUCUUCCAAUUUUGAUUUUAUUUCUGUUGUGUAUUUUCACCUCCCUUCCUCCAGAGGGCCCAGGCACACAAUGAUUCACCUUAUAAAAAGCUGUGCAUUGCUCUUGGUUGGCAGAUAGUUUAUUCCUCUGUAUAGGAAGUGUGAAGUAGUUAACUGUUUGUAGAACCUGAGCUGUCACAAUGCAGGUGAGUGCUGGCAACUUCUCACACUGGCCAUUGCAAGUCACUAGCCACUGUCCUGUGAUACAUUGCAAGUCACUAGCCACUGAUCUGUUAUACAUUGCAAGUCACUAGCCACUGUCCUGUUAUACAUUGCAAGUCACUAAUCUGUUAUACAUUGCAAGUCACUAGCCACUGAUCUGUUAUACAUUGCAAGUCACUAGCCACUGUCCUGUUAUACAUUGCAAGUCACUAGCCACUGACCUGUUAUACAUUGCAAGUCACUAGCCACUGACCUGUUAUACAUUGCAAGUCACUAGCCACUGUCCUGUUAUACAUUGCAAGUCACUAGCCACUGACCUGUGAUACAUUGCAAGUCACUAGCCACUGACUUGUUAUACAUUGCAAGUCACUAGCCACUGAUCUGUUAUACAUUGGAAGUCACUAGCCACUGUCCUGUUAUACAUUGCAAGUCACUAGCCACUGAUCUGUUAUACAUUGCAAGUCACUAGCCACUGAUCUGUUAUACAUUGCAAGUCACUAGCCACUGAUCUGUUAUACAUUGCAAGUCACUAGCCACUGUCCUGUGAUACAUUGCAAGUCACUAGCCACUGACCUAUGAUACAUUGCAAGUCACUAGCCACUGACCUGUGAUACAUUGCAAGUCACUAGCCACUGACCUAUGAUACAUUGCAAGUCACUAGCCACUGACCUAUGAUACAUUGCAAGUCACUAGCCACUGACCUGUGAUACAUUGCAAGUCACUAGCCACUGAUCUGUGAUACAUUGCAAGUCACUAACCACUGAUCUGUGAUACAGUAUAUAUAAAUAGCCACUGACCUGUGAUACAGUGUUUUAGGAAUAGCCACUGACCUGUGAUACAGUGUAUGUCACUAGCCACUGACCUGUGAUACAGUAUAUAUUAAUAGCCACUGGCCUGUGAUACAGUGUAUGUCACUAGCCACUGUCGUGUGAUACAGUAAAUGUUACUAGCCACUAUCCUGUGCAAUAUAUAAGUUACUGUCCUGUGAUAAAGUACAUUUCACAAGCAAUGUGCCACUAGCCCCUGUCCUGUGACACAGUGUAAUUAGCCCCUGCGAUACAGUAUAAAUCAAUAGCCACUUUCCUGUGACAAUGUGUCAGCCACUAGUCAUUGUGCUCUUUAAAUAUCUAGUGCUAUGACACUGUAUCAAUCACUAGUCAGUGGUAAUGGCACUGUAUCAGUCCCUAUUCAAUGGGCUGUGAGAAUUUCUAUGUCACUAUUCACUUUUGUGUGACUCUGUAUCAAUCACUAGUUACUGGGUUGCAACACUGUAUCAGUCACUUGCCACUGGUCCAGGGAGGUGACCGCUCUGGGGCUCGCAGUCUGAAUACUCUGACUUUGUAUACUGUCAUCUCAUGAGCACUCUGCUUCCGUGUAUACUGCCCUCUGCUUAGCACACUGUUAGCUUUGUAUACUGGCAUAUUUCAGGCACACUGCUAGCUGUGUAUACUGGCAUCUCUCUGGCACACUGCUAGCUGUGUGUACUGACAUCUCUCUGGCACACUGCUAGCUGUGUGUACUGACAUCUCUCUGGCACACUGCUAGCUGUGUGUACUGACAUCUCUCUCUGGCACACUGCUCGCUGUGUGUACUGACAUCUCUCUGGCACACUGCUCGCUGUGUGUACUGACAUCUCUCUGGCACAAUGCUUGCUGUGCCAACUGCCAUGUCACACUGCUAGCUGUGCGCACUGACAUGUUUCUUGCACACUGCUAGCUGUGCGCACUGACAUGUUUCUUGCACACUGCUGUGCGCACUGGUUUCAGGACACACUGUUAGCUGUGCGCACUGACAUGUUUCAGGCACACUGUUAGCUACUGACAUGUUUCAGGCACACUGUUAGCUACUGACAUGUUUCAGGCACACUGUUAGCUGUGCGCACUGACAUGUUUCAGGCACACUGUUAGCUGUGCGCAGACAUGUUUCAGGCACACUGUUAGCUGUGCGCACUGACAUGUUUCAGGCACACUGUUAGCUGUGCGCACUGACAUGUUUCAGGCACACUGUUAGCUGUGCGCACUGACAUGUUUCAGGCACACUGUUAGCUGUGCGCACUGACAUGCUGUUAGCUGUGCGCACUGACAUCUCUCUGGCACACUGCUCGCUGUGUGUACUAACAUCUCUCUCUGGCACACUGCUAGCUGUGCGCACUGACAUGUCUCUGGCACACUGCUAGCUGUGCGCAUGACAUGUCUCUGGCACACUGCUAGCUGUGCGCACUGACAUGUCUCUGGCACACUGCUAGCUGUGCGCACUGACAUGUCUCUGGCAAAACUGACAUGUCUCUGGUGAUUUUCAAUGUUCGCUUAUCAUGAUGUUUCUGAUAAUAUGCCUAGUAAGUGUAAUUUUAUCCCUUAUCACCAUGUGGGAGUGGCAGUAAUAUUACAUGUUAUUUUUUCACACUCCAAUAUAAUUCUUGUAUUAACAAUGUAUUGGGACCUCGUUCCCAGUUAUCAAUGUUUGCACUUUGUACCAUUUUCCCCGUGUCACUGAUUCUGUGUGUAAGCUAUUUACAGUGGUGUUUUAUUUCACACUAUUCCUGGGUUGGUGUCUUGCAGGCUGGUGCAAUGAAAGGUACCCGGGAUGCUGCCCACACUGCUGCCAGGGAAUUCAUCAAAUUCUUAAACCGGGGUGUCUCGCCAUAUCACGGUAAGGUGGGCUUGUUCACGUCGAAUAGCCUUAUCUUCAUCAUUCCAAGAUAUCAUGUCCUAUAUCAGAAUUAAGAACUUACUCUAGCCAUUGGCAUGUGAAAAAUUAGCCCUGGUUAUUUGUGGAGAACUGAAAACCAAACUGAAUAAUUUAGGCAAAAAGGGCUAAUUUCUCAGCUUGACAAUUUUAACAAUUCGUUUUUUUUUUUUUAUUUACUGCAUCUUGCUGUUUAGUGAAUAAAUGAACCUGUGUCAGGAUUAAACUAUGAAGUGUUGAUAACUGUUAAUAUGGGCAAACUCCAUAUUUGGGGAGGGGUACAAUUAAAGGAACACUAUAGUGUUAGGAAUGCAAACUUUUAUUUCUAAUGCUACAGUGUCCCUGUCCCUAGUUCUAUUUAAAUCCACCAACGUGCAGCAAUACGUAAAGGUAAACUAUAUUGCCAGGAAAACAAACUAUUUUUACUGGCACAAUAGUUGCCCCUUCUCUCAAGGCCCCGUAGUGCAGAAGGGGUUAUAAACUCUCUUCGUCAGCCAGCGGGGGAAACCUAAUGCGCAUGCAUGGCAAUGGCCUCACUCACAUUAGGAUUUUCCCAUUGAAAAGCAUUACACAAUGCUUUCCUAUGGGGAUUUGGGUGACGCUGAAAAUCCUCAUGCAUAGCGUAAUAGUGAGUAGGAGAGCAUUGUAUUAAAUGUUUUCCUAUGGGUUUCCGCAUCACGUGACAGAAUCGACUUAAGUAGCUGCCAGUAAGACUGCCACUACAUGUGGAUUUAAUCCUGCAAUGUUUAACAUUCCAGGGUUAAAAGGACAGGACCACUGCACCCUGACCACUUCACUGAAAUAGGUGGUCUGAGUGACUACAGUGUCCCUUUAACUGCUGGUGAAAGUUUCCCAGAUGUUUCCAUAUUUGUAAUCACUGUGGUUAAAUUCUGUGUUAAAGCUGCAAACCAGCAGGUUUCAAUGAAAUAAAUAAGAAAAAAAUUGUAGAACUUGAAUUUAUCAACUUAAUGCUAUGAAAUAGUAAACUGUAAAGAGAAUCUUUGCCAAAAUGAGCCUUAUAUGUGCAUGACGUUCCUCUCCUUCUCAAACAGUGGUUGAUGAGUGCAAGACGCGGCUUUUACAGGCAGGAUUCCAGGAACUGAAAGAGGUGGAACACUGGGAUAUUAAACCCAACAACAAGGUAAACGUUAACAGCCAGAGCAGACUGACUUUUUUUUUUUUGAGAAAUAAUAUUCUGUUUGUAUUUGUAUAAUCACAGGAAGGUAAUUCACACUUGCUUUGUAUGCAAUAAGUUUAUUGUGAUACAGGAACUCACAUGAUAAAAAUCAAAUUUUAUUUACUUUAAAAAAAUAAAAGAGAAAAUAUAUUUUUAAGUCAAAGUCCUCAAUGAGAACACACAAUAGUCUGUCACAUUUAAACGAUCAAAAUGUUGAAGAAAGAUUGUGAAAAACAAUGAGUUGAUGAAUUGUACGUAAACACUGUAUUAGAAAAGAUUUAAUUGAACAUUUUGGGGCUGUGGUAGAUGAUGUCCAGUGUGCCUGCUUUUCAAGUUGGCUUGUGGGAAUAGAUGGAAUGCAGCGAUAGCAGUCAGAUCCGCCAUAUUUGUACAUUCUGAUGGACUGCAUGGGAAAAGUGCAGUCCUGUAGUUUUAUAAACAAUAUCUGUAUUCACUGUUCUAUCCAGCCUGUUAAUGUGUUCAACGUAAGGAUUACUAGCCAGAUUCUUCUUCUUUCUCUAGUACUUUGUGACUCGGAAUUACUCCACCUUGGUGGCAUUUGCUGUGGGUGGUCAUUAUCAGCAAGGCAAUGGAUUUACCAUGAUCGGAGCCCAUACUGAUAGCCCUUGCUUGAGGGUGAGUAAAAUAUACAUAAUAUAGUCUUCAUUUUAUUUAUUUUUAUGUACGUGUGUGUGUGUGCGCGCACAUCUAUAUCUAUUUAUCUGUAGUAAAUGUUUCGUUUGCAACUCUUUUCUACCGGUCUAUUUUCAAUCUCCUGUUCUGUGUUUCUGCAGGUAAAACGCAGAUCCCGCCGCGGCCAGGCUGGGUAUGUGCAGGUGGGAGUUGAGUGCUAUGGAGGUGGAAUAUGGAGCACCUGGUUUGAUCGGGAUCUGACUGUGGCUGGGAGAGUGAUUGUCAAGGUGAUUAUCUAAAAAUCAUGCUGCUUUAAAGGAAAAAGGAACACCCGAAACAGUGUCUAUUUUUGUCUUUUUUUUUUUUUUGCAAGACAAACUAGUCAUUACAAGAUAAGGGUUACCAUAUAUUGCCUCAAAUGUGUUAACCCAGGCUUCUAUGUUCAUCUUAACUGCUAUUUUAAUGAAUGUAUUAAAGGGGACUCAAUUCAGUGGAAGCUUGCUGAACAGUGAAUUUUCCAAGUACCCCUUUAAAUAAUGGACCAUGUGUUUGCUUUGCUGUCCCGAUCUUUAGUACAGCUUCAUAAAGGCCUGGUGACUCUAAUUGAAAUGUUCUGUAUUUAGAGUGUCUUGACGUUUGUCCAAAUAAUUCUACAUACUGAUGUUUUGGUUUCAGGAUGGUCAUCGUCUUCAGCAUCGUCUGGUUUAUGUAGAGCGUCCAAUUUUGCGAAUUCCUCAUCUUGCAAUUCACCUCCAAAGGAAUGUAAAUGAAAGCUUUGGUCCUAACUCGGAACAGCAUCUGUGAGUUUUUACAACUAACAGAGUAAAUAUACAAGUCCUGUUAAGAUCUAUUCCUUUCCACCUGAAGAUAGCUAGGGUGUGUUUUUAAUUUGUGUUUUUGUUUUUUGUUUUUCCUGUGUUUGCUUUGUGUCACUCUGUAUGUCCCUCAUUGCAGGCUCCCUAUUCUGGCUUCUGCAGCACAGGAAGGUUUGGAGAAGGAAUCUGUGGAUUCGGGCUCCUCUUGUCAUUCUUCAGCGGGGAGUCAGUCUGUGGUGAGACUCAUAACUUGUAUGGAAAGUAAAUGUGCAGAGUGAGUAAGGUUGCCACAUCCACCAUGUUAUCCUGGACACACACAAUUUAAUCACAGUGACUGUCAGCACAUUAAGCCACAGCCCUGUAGUAUGAAUAAGUCAUAUGCUGCUGGAUUCCUGAUUGCUUUAUCACCAGAUUUACAACCUGCAGCAUGUGACAUCUACAUACUACAUGCUGUAAAAAAUUGUGAAUUUAUCACCCUUGGUGUGAGCCUGACGUUUAUAAGAAAUGGCUGCUGUGAAAAGCAGCUCCUUGAUUUGAAAUAUAUAAUCAAACAAACAAAUGGUUAAUAUCCUCCAGACCCUUCUACCAACUGUAGAGAUCUGGGGCUAAAACAUCGAGGGAUUUAUUCUUCCUCCAAGUUCCCUCUUGCAACGCUUACGGGCACAUGAAUUGUAUGCGUAGGGUGUAUUAUUCUGCUAUUAAACAAUGUCUGUAUGUAAUGCAGGUGGAAAAACAUAACCCACUCCUGAUUACCUUGCUCUGUGAAAAACUGGGUGUGAAAUCUGAACAGAUCAUAGAGAUGGAUCUGUGUCUGACAGACACCCAACCCGCGGUAAGACACCCACAUACAUGCUGUAUAGAGACCGUUACAUGCUGUAUAGAGACUGUUACAUGCUGACAUACAUACUGUAUAGAGACUGUUAGAUACUGUAUAGAGACCGUUACCUGCUGACAUACUGUAUAGAGUCUGUUACAUACUGUAUAGAGACUGUUACAUGCUGACAUACAUACUGUAUAGAGACCGUUACCUGCUGACAUACUGUAUAGUCUGUUACAUACUGUCUAGAGACCGUUACAUGCUGACAUACAUACUGUAUAGAGACUGUUACAUACUGUAUAGAGACCGUUACAUGCUGACAUACAUACUGUAUAGAGACCAGUGCAUGCUGACUUACAUACUGUAUAGAGACCGUUACAUACUGUAUAGAGACCGUUACAUGCUGACUUACAUACUGUAUAGAGACUGUUACAUACUGUAUAGAGACCGUUACAUGCUGACAUACAUACUGUAUAGAGUUACAUACUGUAUAGAGACCGUUACAUGCUGACAUACAUACUGUAUAGAGACCGUUACCUGCUGACAUACUGUAUAGUCUGUUACAUACUGUAUAGAGACCGUUACAUGCUGACAUACAUACUGUAUAGAGACUGUUACAUACUGUAUAGAGACCGUUACAUGCUGACAUACAUACUGUAUAGAGACCAUUGCAUGCUGACUUACAUACUGUAUAGAGACUGUUACAUACUGUAUAGAGACCGUUACAUACUGUAUAGAGACAGUUACAUGCUGACAUACAUACUGUAUAGAGGCCAUUACAUACUGAUGUGUAUGCUGUAUAGAAACAGUUGCAUGCUGACAUGUAUACUGUAUAGAGACCGUUGCAUGUCCAUAUUGUAAAGUGAUGCAGUGACUUGCUGACGUGUAAACCUUAACUAUAAACUGUGUUCUGUCUGCAGACUUUGGGAGGUGCUUAUGAAGAAUUUAUCUUCGGACCCCGUCUGGAUAACCUGCACAGCUGUUACUGUGCUCUGCAGGUUAGCAAUAGAUUUAUACUCUGCUGCCCAACAAUUCUCUGCAUAUCCAAGCCUAGAAACAUCUCUAAGCUAUAGACUAAAACCAGGAAUCAUGGGAAACCGUGGCGGCUGGUGAAGUUUUAAAUUGGUGGGGUGAUAGACUCCUCCCCCAGAAUUUUACGCCAUCCUAUACAGUAGAGAGAUAAACAUAAUAGAGAUACUUAUAGAAUACAGAGAUACUCAUAGAAUACAGAGAGAUUAACAUAAUACAGAGAUACUCAUAGAAUACAGAGAGAUGGACAUAAUACAGAGAUACUCAUAGAAUACAGAGAAAUGAGUGCAAUACAGAGAUAACAUGCCACAAACAGAACUGAGAAAAAUAGAGAUCUAAUACACAGAGAUCCCUAAAGAUACCAAAACCAUGCACAGAGCUGGGUAGACUACAGCGAUAGCCAUACAACCGGUAGAGCUCAAUGGAAAUUCCUUCUUAUAGGACGCUAGGUAUGUAAAAAACCUGCUGAAACAGGGCAGAUUUAAACUCAGCCCCAUUAUUUUGACAUACCUUGAUGCUGCCAAGUAAACUUCCCCAAAUGUUAACCAAUGAGGGGGAGGGAGCCUGUGGAACUGAAACCUAUUUCAGAAUUAAAAAGACGCAAAUUUAUUUCCUUUUUUUGUUUUUUGGCUUACCACCCUCCUCUCCAGAAAAAUAAUCUUAGUCUUUCUAAACUACUGCAAAUAACUUUUUUCCCUACUUAAAAACUGGUGGGGCACUGCCCCAAGUGUCCCUAUGGAAGGGGGGGGGAGGUUAAAUGCAUCAAUGCCCAGCAUUGAUUUCUGGGUGUUGUAGUUUAGCACUCUACAUUAUAAAAUUGACAGCUGAACAAUUCCCAGAAACCCAUGCUAUGCUGAUACUAGAGGGAUCGACCACGGCCAUAGAAAAGUGGUUUCCUGAUUUCCCGAGCCACUUCCUGAUCUAAGCCAGAAAAUUGUAGGAUUGUUUAAAUGGGCGUAUCUUACCUUUUUACUGUGAUCAAUUUGUUGUAAAUGCAAAUACCAUAUUUACUCGGAUCCAAUGCGCACUUAAAACUAUGGACACUUAAUUUUGCCAAUAAAGGUGUGUAUUAGAUUUGGGUAAAUACAGUAUAGUGUAUGUGGUACAGUGUUUUUUUUUUUUGUUUUUUUUGUUUUUUUACUACUACUCCUUUCUCCAUUUGUUUGAUGGGAUAAAGAAUAUCCCUUCUCUUACAGUCACUUCUGGUUUUUACCAACUCCUGAAGCUUUUUCUGUUGUCUACAUUACAUUUUCGCCCAGUCUGUCACCAUCACAAAUCACCACACUCUGUCCCUCAGGCGCUGCUUGCUUCCUGUGACGCACUGACUUCUCUCGCCAAUGACACCAAUGUCAGAAUGAUCACCUUGUAUGACAACGAGGAGGUAAGGACACGAAAGCUGGGGGAGGAUGAGGGGAUGUGACAACUGCCAUUGGGGAUGACACUGUGACAGUCAUAUACACAGUGACAAGAUUAAUUACACAGAUUUACUGAGCAGGUGCAGUGCUGGACAGAGAUACAAUGAAACAGGUGUGAUGACAAAUAUAGGUAGAAGGGUAGCUGGUUCUAAUCAGAUAUAUUGAUGAGUUAAAUUUACUAAAUGGUCAACAAAUAUUUAUUUUUAAUAUCAUUAUGCAUUUAUUAUAUAAUUGUAAAAUAUAAACUUGGCAUAUCACAAAUAUAAAACGGGCAAAUAAAAAUAGUUAUAUAAACACUCUAGCACGAUACAUGGAUUGCACUAAAAUGGGUAUUUUAGAAAACUAAGGAGUGGGGUGAAUUGUUGUUCAAAUAACCAAGGUGGAAAAAUGGCUGGAUAUUUAAAAAAAAAAAAAAUUCACAACUCAUUUUUUUUUUGGGGGGGGAGGGCUUAAAAUGUAUCUCCAAUUCCCAGGUUAAUCCCAGUGGUCUAGAAGUACGUCCAUGUAUGCCCUUUUAUCUAUUUACAAAGCGUUAAAAGAAAUCUCCAUUCAUUACUAUAAACAUGCAUACAUGUUCCUGGCAGAGCUGUAUAUCAGAUUCAUGCAUCUAAAGAUUGAAUAUUCCACCUGUGUAGAGAUCGUCCAUAAACCAGAGCAAGCAACGUUUCUGUAUCAAGUAUCUGAAAAUUAUUUAAAAAGAAAUAAAUAAUUUGAUAACUUACAAUUUACGGAUUAUUUAAUAAUCUUGUUCUGUAUUUAAACCCAUUAAGGGAUGGACAGUGCAAAGUGGAAUUAAGAGUAUUAGACUGUUUAAACAGAACCUGUGUUACACAUAGCCCCCUGUGCAGACCCCCCUCAUUUAACUAAUCCUCUUGUAAUUCCAUAUUUGCCCUCUCUCUGUCAGGCAGAACAGCAGCAAAGGGGGUGGGGGGUGAACAUACGAUAAUCUUUCUGUCGCGUGACUGACUGUGCAUUGUGUUAAAAUACAAUAUAAACUGCUGAUUGAGUGGCAGAUAAAUCGAACCAGUACUAGAGGGUGUGAGGGCACAAUGAUACCUCUGAAUUUAGGGAGAGAUUGUUAAAGCUGUAGCAGUAUUUUAGAGGAUAUGCUAUACGUGAGCACAACAAGUUAAGGAGGCUUUUCAAGGGUUAAAAAAAAAAAAACAAGAAAAAAAAAAACCUGAAUGCAAAUCUAAGUGACAUUUUACAGACUUAUUUGGGUCUUUUUAUCUUUAUUACAUAUGUCUCUUAAAUGAUAAGAAAUAAUACUUGCUUAAUAUUUUCCUCCUUAGGUGGGGUCAGAGAGUUCCCACGGGGCACAGUCUCUUCUGACUGAGCUGAUCUUGCGCCGUAUUUCUUCGACACCACAAAACCUCACGGCUUUUGAGGAAUCUGUUCCCAAGUCAUUCAUGAUCAGUUCAGACAUGGCACAUGCUGUGCACCCCAACUACAUGUAAGUAGGUUUGGAUGGCCUAAACGCGGAAGAGCAGGUGUAAAAAUAUAAAAAAACUUGCUUUAGAUUCAUACAGCACACAGGACAGAUUAUGUUUGCUUCUAUGAACCCAUUCUUUAUACAGAGUAGUCAAGAGAAUGGGAUCUACAGAACUAAACUUGUACUUAGUUACACUUUGUAUUAGAUUAGCGUGUCUGGGGAAAUGUACUAGCAAGCACUGGGAUUUCUAUUAAUUGUGAGCUUUAUUUUAUUAAAUCAACAGUGCUUCAGGCUUGUUUUAUUUUCAGCAUGUUAAUAAUUUGCAUAAUUAAGCAGCAUUUUUAUCACCGCUGCAACUUUCUGUAUCCAGCCCUUGCUAUCUUUAGACCUCCCAUAAUAUCCCUUUUUAUUUAGACGUAGAAUACAAUAGAGAAAUAGAAUUGCUUGAUGUAUUUGGUUCUAGAUCCGUAUAAAUUAUAACCAGGUUUUAGUGUCCGGGUCAUUGAAAGCUUGCAUUCAGUAAAGUCCUAGCCUGAAUCCUUUAAAGUGAGGCUUGCCUCAUCUCUAGCCCACCUGUUAUUGCUUUAAGACUCCAAUAAUUCUCUGUCAGCCCGUAGCAACACUUAGAAUCACCUGCAUUGCUUAUAGUAAUGUAAAGAGCCAACAGUGUUUGGUAAGAGAUGUGCAGCCACUAUUGGCAGUAUUAUAAUGGAAGGUUGUAAAUUAACUAACAGGGAUGUAGAAUACUGUCAAUGGGAGAACUGGUUUAGCUUUAUCCAGUAAAGUGUCUGUCUGUUCUACAGGGAUAAACAUGAAGAAAACCACCGACCCCUCUUCCACAAGGUGAGGUUCUUUGUAAUGUGUCUUGUGAAUGUCAGAAGUUUCAUUUUGCUUUUUUUUAAAAAAAAUUAUUUAUUUUUUUAUCGCUUUCUUUCCUUCUGUCUGUCUUGCAAAUCCUUUAAUCUCAGGGACAAUUCAAACUGAACUGUCAAAUUUCUUUUUAGGCUGAACUGAACCCAGCUCACCUGGGAAAUGUUUCCAAAUUCGCUGUUUUGGUCUAAUUUCAAAUUUACUUAAAAGGACACUAGAAGCACCCAUAAUACUUCAUCUCAUUGACGUGGUCACCUUAGCAGCAGCAAAAAUUGCAGCCACUAGAGGGUUAAGACUGCCUCUAGUGGCGGUUUACCAGACAGCCACUAGAGCAGCUUUCUGGCCUUUCAGAGUUUGACUCUGUGAAAUGAUGAUUGCAUGAGGACGUCCAGUGUCUUCGAAUAAACCUAUAGUAAAGCAUUGAGUCUGAGGAAGGCCUAAUGGGUGUGUUGCACUUGCAGCGUAUGCGCAUUCGGUUCCCCCAUCAGCUGACGGCGGAGUAGGAGCCCAACCCAGCACCUAGUAAAUGGGGGUGGGGGGGGCGAGAUGGUUAUUUAAUCUUUUUUUACUUGUUGUGUGUUGGGGUGGGUCGGCGAGGGUGGGUCAGGAGUAAGUGGGACCUUUUAGUGUUUGGAAUACAUCUUUGUAUUUUUAACACUAUCUUUUUCUUCAAAAAACGACUGUCUCUUUGAAAAUAUUUUUAAAAUAAUAAUCCUUUCAUCAAGUUUUGAAAGGGAAUAAAUUUUUUUUUUUUCUAUUUUUUUUAAUGUAGUAUAUGUAGUAAAAAAAAAAAAAAAAAAUUUGAAAUACGUAUCCCUAAUUUUAGUAAAUGACCAGAUCCAUCAGCCAUAUACAUACACCUUGGGUCAGACAGUGUUUGAUAACCGUUCGUCUCUAUGGUCUUCCCUGCUUCACUCCCUGCACAGUGCAGUGGCAUCAUGACACCCCACUAACUGACCCAAGGUGUAUGUAUAUGGCUGAAGGAUCCGGUCAUAUAGUGAAAGCAGGGAUGAGUUUAUUUUUUUCUCAUUUUUAGAUUUUAUAUAUAUAUGUGCUUCAUUUUGAAAAGAAAAUAAUAAAUAUGUAUAUGUGACGGUAGAAAUUGAUUUUCCAAACUAUGCAUGGCUAGCAUGAUAACUCCGUAGCACCCUCUGUUGAUGUAAUCUUGUCUGCAACACUUCUAAAGAACUUGCUGAUGCCUUGUGUUAAGAAAAAUUAUAUUAUUUCUCUAAACAGAUCUAAAUAUUUUAUUUUUAGGGUCCUGUCAUUAAAGUGAACAGCAACCAGCGCUACGCCUCAACCGCUGUGACAGAGGCUGUCCUGCGGGAGAUUGCCGGACGUGUUGGAGUGCCCCUGCAGGUUGUAUGCUUCCAUAACUGCCGCGUUUUGAUUAGUGUUUGUUCCAUACAUACAUACAUACAUAUACUAAAAAUCUGGCCAUAUGUCAUUCAAAUAAUCUCUUUUUAAUUAGACCAAUUUUUUAUUUGCAAAAAUACCGACCUAAAGAGUUUUUUUGGGGAACUAUUAAAAAAAAACUGGUACAAAUCAUGAUAUACAAACAAUAUACUGAACUAAUUUGUAUCUAAAUAAAAUAAUAAACUCUGUUACUUUUGUUGCAAUAAAAAUACAGGAUUUAAUAGUAAUGUGCCAGAAUGUACAUAAAUAAAUGUACAGCCAGGUAGAACACCAACUGAUAAAAGGAACUCUCAGAAUUUUAUGGCGUGACGGUCCUCGUGGUCAUUCCAUGGGCUAAAUAUGACAGCAGAAAUGGGUUCUUAUAAUUGCGCUGUUUUUACAGGAAUUCAUGGUGAGGAAUGAUGUGCCAUGUGGUACAACCAUUGGGCCCAUUCUGUCGAGUAACCUGGGCCUGCGGGUGCUGGAUUUGGGCUGUCCACAGCUGGCUAUGCAUUCCAUCAGGGAGAUGUGCUGCACCUCGGGGGUCCUACAGACUACCUCCCUGUUUCAGGUAAUGUAAUAUUCAGACCCCUUCUGCUUUCUAUAUUAACCACUGCAAACCGGCACCAGUCCAUCCUAAACAUCUUGUGUGCUCCUGUGUUCUAAUGGCAUGGAUAUAUGGGUGGUACUCCUGAAUCAGGAAAUAAAUUCAUACUUUAUGCAGAAUUAUGAAGGUAGAAUACCAAUAAAAGAGCGUUAUUGGGUUUGAUGUUGCAGCAUAACCCGCCCUCCCCCCUGCUGGGCAAAUUGACUUCUUGGAGUUUAAAUGGAGUUCUUUCUGUAAAAUCACUAGGAUGCACAUACACAUAGAAGGGUGCACAAAAUUAAAGGAAAAACAACGUAAACAAGGGUUUAACUUGUGCUGCUGCCAAGGUGAGUAUUGGUAAACGGUCUGCCCAUGCCAGUUAGCAGCAUGUGUCCACUAGAAGUCUGACAAUUAACACUGUGAUAGUUGAUUAUCCAAAGGAACACAAAAUAAUGGGAUGGAUGUUAAAUGCCAAGAAAGCACAAUUCUAGAAUAAACACUGAAUGGAAUCCGCACAUAGGUGUCACUGUCUGGUCACGGUAUAGGAAUACGGCUGAAGGCAGAAAUUGUUAAAGUGGAAUUAGACCUAGAGUUACACAUAGGAGAGCUGCUAAGAAAGAGGGAGUUGCAGGGGCCUCCAGCCCAAAGGUGAGGCCUUGUAGCCCCGAAUCUCUUCGACUGCUUCUCCUUUAGGAGUCACGGAUUACCAUAACGGGAUGCAGAUUAUCUCAUUUGUGACAUAUUUACUACUUCUCCAACAGUUAUUUACUAAAAAUCCAAAUUGCAAAUGUCAGGUUAAAAUAGUCGAACUGUGCCGGUAGCUGAAUUGGAGAAUUUCUACAGAUUAGCUAUUUUCAUUUUUGGAUUUCCAUUCAAUACACUUCCGUUUCAGUGCCAAGUGAAUAAACUACCAAUAAGCUCCCUAAUUUGUUAAUGCUAUGUUGCGGAGUUAUGUGCUAAGCUGCUGAAAUUUCAAAAUGAAGAAGGCCGCUUUUGUUUAACAGUUUAAUGGAUAACGCCCUAAUUUGAUAUUAUGUGGGAUUUCCAUAUUUAAGGAUAUUGAUACAUUCACCAUUAUGUACAUGAUAUUAAGGGGAGGAGUUGGGUGAGGGUUUAGGACAAGGUCACCAAAUGGCUUUUGGACUUAACCCCUUGUUGCUGGUUUAUUUUAAUUUUAUUUUUUCACUCUUAUGCCUUGGGGGGGUGGUGAACUGUGCCAACAGAAGAAGUCUCAGUGAUAAAUAAUUCUUAGCUCAACCCACCUGAAGCAAAGAGUUACUGAAAACAACUGUGAGCAGAGUGGGUAACGAACGUGAUUUAACUUGAAAACUGAAACUUGGUCCAGUUGGGAUCGGGUAAUCCUUAGAAUUGAAUAGUUAUGUUGUAACCUACGUUAAAUAUGUCUCCAGUCCAUCACAUUCAACUUGCAAAGCUUGAUGUUCAGUUUGUAAUACACCACAAAGGACAACAUAUUAUCCAGCCGGGGGACCAACAUACUGAGUGGACAGGGCAGAUUCAAACUACAUUUUGUGACCCAAUAUCCUCAAGAAUUGUUCUUUGGAUAUAACAGAACUGCUAUUUAAAGUUACAAUUCUAAGAUAUCUUGUAUCUGGUGCAUGACUUGGUGUAAGAAGAUCACAGCUCUGAUCCCUUGGGAAUGAAAAGAAAGACCUUAUUCCCUACAUCCUACCUUGUCUGACAGCCAUUGUAAUUAAUGAGGGAUCCACAAUGAUAAGGAUGGCUUUCUCAUCAAUCAUUGGGCCCAAUCAUUACAGUGAUUGCGGUGUGUAAUCGUUUACUGGCCAAGGAAUACAAUUCAAUUCUACAGGAUCAGGUGCACUAUAACCAGCAAAUUACUGUUCCUUCAUAGUCCUGUAUUACAGGAUGCUAAUAGCUCCAUACACAAUGCCAAACAACGGUUGGUGGAAUUAUAGACGCCUUGAAGUCAAACAUCUGCCGUGUACCCAGUAGGCAGAUCUAAACUUCACACUCUCUGGAGUCUGUUAUUUCCCAUAAAGGAACAGUAAAGGAAAUUCUGAUCUUUCAUUUCUCAAAGCUGGAGGCUCUUCGUGAACGAUGGAAUAUCCCAUUUAACACAGUUCAAAAUCUAUAUGACAUAAUUUAAAAAAACUCUGAAUUUGUUCUGACAGUAAAGACAGACUAUACUCCUUACUCUCACUGGCUUGGAGAAAACUAGCCCUGAGUGUGACAUGGGCGCUUCUACCAAUGGAGAACCUGUCUGUUUCUCUGAAACAGCCAUUUAAUAAAGCUAUAUAACCUGGGUAAUGUGAAUUGACAUUGGAGCCACUGGUCUGCAUGGAGCCACUGAACGUUCCUCAUAGAGAUGCAUUGAUUCAAUGGAUCUCUAUGAGGAGAUGCUGAUUGGUUAGGGCUGUGUUUAACUUGAGCUAGCUCUGCCCCGAUCUGACUCAUUGACACUCUCAGUGAAUCCAAUGGAAAGCAUUGUGAUUGGCUCAGACCACCACUUCUGAUGUCAGCAGGCAGAUCAGGGGCAGAGGCAGUAGUUGCAGACGUGAAUACAAGUAAGAUUUUACUAUAUUUAGGGAGGCCAGCAGAGGCUGGAUGGUGGAUUUAACACUAUAGGAAAUAUGUUUGUGUUCCUGAUCCUUUUAAUUUUUAUUUUACAAUUCAAUAGAUGAACCCAUAUUGAAAACAUUAAUUUAUUGCCGCUUUCCUUGCUCCCCUCCCCCCUCUCCCCUCCCUCCCUCUACUGACCGGGAACAAGGGUGUAUAUCUAUGAGCACCUUGUCAAAGCAUCAGUUCUCUUGUCUGCAGCCACCGCAAGCUUUUCCCUUUUUCCAAAACCCAGACUUUCUGUGGCUGUCUAAUCACAUACUUCCCAACGCAGCUCAAUGAGAAGCAGGUGCUCUGGGUAAUUGCUGCUUAUUGAGUUUAGCUUCAGUGAGCUAACCAAACCAGGAAGUAACAGAACUUGUUGUCUGACAGACAGGGUGAUGUAAUAAGGUUAAUUUAUAAAAAUGAAAAAAAAACAGAAAAUCUGCGCUUGUGGGAAAAAUAGUAAAAAACAGUCUGUAUUCCCAACACUUUAGAGAUCCCCUCCUCUUGCGUGCCAUAAAAAUAACAAAUUAAAGCUUUCUACUUGCCUUUUUCUUGCUUUCUUUGGGGCCGCAUGUGCGCCAAUCAAACUUUCCAAAAACAUUGAAUCAACGUUUACCUAUGAGGGCUGAACGUCAUGUGACUGCGUUUUAGAAAUGCAUCUAUUGGCUGUAAGUGUAACAUCCACUGGAGGUUUGUUUAAAGAGACACUAUAGGCACCCAGACCACUUCAGCUCAUUAAAAUUUUUCGAGAAACUGCCAUAAUUACAUUGCAGAACUAAGACAGCCUCUACUGUCUGUCAAUCCGACAGCCACUAGAGGCGCUUCCUGCUUGCCAGGCAACUUUUGGAUGCCUAACCGACGCUGCACUUCAGCGUCGGUGAAAUCCACAUAGGAAAGCAUUGCUGCAAUGCUUUCCUAAACGGUGGGCCUAAUCCAAUCGCUGUGCAUGAGCCCCCCCAUGACAUCGGAGGUGGUGGAGUACCGAGGGACAUCUACGCUGGAUUCGGUUAAGAGUUAAAAUUUUAUGGUUUAACCAGUUACAUGCUGUGGGGACUAUAGUGUAAGGAAUACAACUUUAACCAUUCAAGGUAAACAUUGCCAUUUCUGGAAAACAGCACUGUUUUACUUUGAGGUUUUAAAAUGACAGGACCACUUAAUGCAUAUAAAGUGGCCUUGAUAAAUUUAGUGGUGCUUUUAAGCUUGUAAAAGUGGUGUGUGGAAGGAGAGAGGUAAAGUGGAUGAACAGGGUUGUUGUAAUGAAAGCGUAAUACGACAAAAUAGGGCAUUCCCUAGGCAGUCAAUGUGGCACAGCCUUGUUAUUGUUUUUAUUUAUAAUGCGCCAACAAAUGCCACGGCGCUGUACAACGAACCUUGUAACUGUCUUCCUGAUUCCCAGUGCUGCAAGUAUUACAAUGUUGAGAUGGGAGGGGUGGCACGGUCAGUUAAGCUCUGCAGUGCAUUUACAAAUCUGCAAGUGACUCCUGUCUGCACCCCUCUCUUGUGAGCUAUAAUUACUUGCUGCACUCCCUGUAUGUAUCCGUUCCCAGGUAGCUCACUGUCCUGCUGGACCCAAACUGUGACUAUAGCAGAGUUUGAGAAAAAUGUCCAAACCUGCCAAUACAGCUCAAAUUUGUGAUAAUGGCUUUUUUUUUAAAAAAAUCAUUACAAUUCAGUGCUUGGUGAAUAAAUCCCCUACGGUCUUCUUUUCUGCAUCCAUAUAGUCCUCCGUGUUUUUAGGUUGUAAAACACGUUUUAUGAUGCUUAUUCACCAACUUGAAUACAAUGAAUUGUCAUGAAAUGAGAAUGUUGGUUAAUUUACGCACAGGGGACAUUUUUAUCAGCAAGGUGACAAUUAUCAAUUAAACAUACAUAUAAAGGCACAGUCCUCAUUAACUGCUACUAAUGUAUUCUCAAAGGGAAUCCACGGAUAAAAAUUGCCUUCUUUAACCUGUAUGUAUGUAUGUAUGUAUGUACGUACGUACGUACGUACGUACGUACGUACGUGUAUGUCUAUAUUUUUUUUAUUUGAGAAAGUUCUAAUGACAUUCAUCUUCAUUUUCACGGUUUGCUUAUUUUCUAAAUAUUUCUCUAAAUGCAGCUUGGUUCUUUUUAGAACCAUUUUAGAAUAAUAUCUAUUCUCUUUUAAUAUUCUUCUCAGAACACUGGUCUGUUGUACAUACUACACCUGUAUUGUAUUCUGACUUGGAUACCGGUGCAAAUAUUGUAAUCCGCACCCAGUCCAUCCUGACGCACUCUCUUAGUUGGGCGUUUUAUACAGCCGAGUCUUGAUGUUACCAACCUUAUCUACAUUAACCUUCAAUCUUCAGAUCUGCCUACUUGUGAUUUUUUUUUAUUUUUUUAUUUUAUUUUUUUAGGGGAACGGACGUCUGUUUUGAGCAGAUUAUUUUUAGUUUAUUUUUUUUGCUUUUACUAGAAUUCCCUGCCUGUUUGUGUGCAUUUAUGUAAAUGUGUAUUCAUGCGAUUUUUCAUAGUUUUUUUUUUUCUGUUGGGUCUUAUGUGUUUGGUAAUAAUUGUAUGUGUACUUAUAGCUUAUUGGCUGUUUCUAUAGCAACCCACAUUGGCCUUGAAGUCACUGCCUGGUUGCUGUAGCAACAGCAGGCAUCAGGUUAGUCAAGUGGUUGCUAUGACAAAACCAGGACACUGCUAAUGAGGAAUAGGACAUAUUGGCCUAUAGGAUGAUAUAAUGGUUUCCGUGGCUACAUGAGCCCACCUUCACCAGUAAUCAAGACUGAUCGUAUUCUGUCUGAUCUCCUGGGCAUAACCUUUUCUGGUCCUCCAUUCUCCCUGCAUCUUGCACAUGACUAUUCUCGUUACAUUUCAUUUGCAAGAGAGAGUGUUUAUAUUGUUUAAUGUUACUGCAUCCGAUUUUUAUCUGUUUGAGAUGUGCUAUUAAUCACGACCGUCACCACCUCCAGCCUAUUCUGCAUUGGUUGUUAACUGUAAUAAAUGCAAACUUUUAUUUAAAUAUUUCUAUUGAUAAUUGGUAAGAAUCUCUGAUUCUCAUCCCUCCAGCUCCCAGGUCUUCUUUUAUAGGACUGUUUACAAUAUAAACACAGCUGAGCGUUACUUUUUUCCAAAAUAAUUCUACUUAAAUUCUACACUCUGUUCUCUAUCUGAUGUGUAUAAAUCUUGCUCAAAAGACCUAGGUGAAAUCCCUGCUUGAGCACAGAGCUCACCCCGCACACACACACACACACACACACACACACAUAUUUCUGUAAUUUUAUAAUAAUUCUAUGUAUUUCUCUUUGUGAUAUUCUGAUUAUUGUAUUGGGCGUUCUACUCUAGUUGACAGUUUGAAAUGACAAACUUCUUAAACGAAGAUCAAACUAGCCAGGUUUACAGCCGUCAAUGCAGUCCAAUUUGCUGUUUAGAGAGUAAAUCCCAUGGUAUUACAAUUUAGGGCCUACCGGUACUUUUAUUAAACUAAUGAGUAAAAUAUUCAAGUUGUGACUCUGACUGUGUUGGUAAAUAAACAUCCUGUCUUGUUUUGUUGGUCUAAUAUCUUUGUUUUUUGUUAUUUUCCAGGCAUUUUUUGAACAGUACCCUUCCGUGAAUAGCAGUUUGCUGGUGGACUAAGCCCUUAUAAGCAAACACACUGAUCCCUGUUACCCACGUAAUCAGUGUUGCGUUGGUGGAUUAAGACAUGUCAUAUCUGCAAAAUAAAACCCAUUUUCUGUAGUUCCGUGGUUUUCUGUAAUAGUGCGUAAAAAUGGCCAACAUGGGAUACGUAGAUUUUAAACUAUAUAAUUUUGCUUUCCUUUUCCACUUAUUUUGUACUGUCCGAUAACUGCUGCCAUAUCGGGGCGGUUUAUCUAAUGUACAAGCCUCUGUUAACGUUACCAUAGAAUAUAUAUAUAAUAUCUAUCUAUCAGGGAUGUGUCCUUUUCCUGUUAGUUUCCUUAUGUUCCCAAUGCAUAUUUUGUUAGAACAAAAAAUUUAUUUGAACAAUAUUUAACCAUUUGAGUGCCAGGUCCCCAAGAACACUGAGUAUCCUCAUUAAUUUUGAAACCUACAAAUAUUUUAAUAGGAUAGGUAAUUCCUUUGCAAAUGUUCAAAACGAUUUUAUUUAGACAGAUGUAUAAAUACCAGUGUGGUACAUUUUUAGAAGGCUUUGCUCCCUUUGUGUUACGUAAUCAGUAGGCACCAUACACGUCAUUGUGAGUUUUAUUGCUGUGGUACAUGUACACAAACACACUGUGAGUCAUGCUGGUGUGGAGCUCUGUGAUACUUACAGCAUGUUACUGGGUUAUUGCAGUAGAGCUCUGUCAUAUACUUCUACACUUUUAUUUUUGAUUUUUUUUUUUUUUUUAUGUGGAGCUCUGUGAUACUCGUGUUUUCAAUAUAUCACUGUGCGUUUUUUAUUGCUGUGAACCUCGGUGAUGCACUUUUACACACUGAAUAUUAAAAUGAGCUUUUUAUUGUGAAUCCUAUAUACAAGACAUUGUUGGGAGUUGUAUUGCUGUGAAGUUCUGUGAUAGUCAUACACCCUCACAUUGCUGUGUUGUAUUGGUAUUGACAACUGUGAAACCUUUAUACAAAAAAAAAAAAAAGAAAACCACAAAAAAGCUCCUUAAAGACGAAAAAAAUAACAAAGCAGAGUACUGGGAUUUAAUGCACCGUAUAAUAUGGACUAGACUUAUACAAAAAUUUGUUUUGGAUACUUCGUCUGAAUCAAAUUUCUAUUAAUGCUCACCCGAACCAAUCGAUCGUCUGGUAUUUAGCUGUGCAGUCAUAUUUAAUGUAUAAAAGUCCCAGACAAUCAAUUUGUCCGGGUGUGCAUUAGAAAGAAUUGGAUUUGGAUAAUUUUUUUUUUUUAAUUUUUUUUUUUUCAAGUCUAAUGAGGACAUUUGAGUUAGUGCUGCUCAGGAGUCUGGCAAUUGAAUGGUUAAUGCUAAACUUAGUAAUAGUAAAGACUUGCAAGUGAGUUUGUCAGACUAGCUAGCAGCACACGGGUUAAAUAAUGUGGCCUGUCUGUUUUCUGGCAACCUCAGGCUACCAUUAUUAACUUCUGCACCAUUUCAGCUUCUGAGCAUGGGGAAACUGUCACCAAGUCUCAGAUUUCCACCCUGAGGAAAAAAUGUCAUAUCUGCUCCCGAUUCAGGUCUCUCAAGUCUCCCAUUUAGAAUGGUUCUCAGUCACUGGAAUAAGCCAGACCUUCUCAUAUCCAUGGAUAUGUGUGCUCAGCCCGCGGGUGCUAAUUAUUACAUUUGGAAUUAAAAUAAAUAAUUAUGCUAUGCUGGA